UAUAAAUCCAAUAGCAUCCUAUGACCUCCAGUAUGGGCUGUUGAGGAGUCCUGUUCAUACUUGCUGCCAAUUGUGCUACCAUUAGCGAACGCCGAAAGGCGCCGGUCGCGCCGAACAUGCUGCGUAUAACAAUAUAACAACAUACUAGCGUUUAAGUGCAGUCGCGCUUGCUAGGAUGGCCAAGCAGCGGCCAGCUGCUGCUGUUGCUGCUGCAACCCCACCGGGCAGGGAGGACGCUCAGCAGGCCCCUUCAGAGGGGACCGCCGCCCCCGCGGCGGCAUCUGCAGCCUCCAACUCCCAGCCCGCUUCCUCUUCCCCAUCAUCGCACCGACAAACCAAACAUCGCAGUCCUAACAGCAGCCGUAACGACAAGAAAGCACCAUCGAGCAAGCCCAACAGGCCCUCCAGCACUGCUAACCCCCAAACACGCGCCACCGCAGCUGCAACCACCAGCAACAACCCAAACACUCCAAACCCUAAAUCCUCCAGCACCUCAGCUGCUGUCCUGUGGGCCCUGCUCAUCCUAGCUGCCGCCCUUGCCGUACACUGGACGAGCACUGGCGUCCGUAAGGCCUCACAGCCUCCCCCUCCCAACACCGCCCUUCGUGAAGUAGCCCGCUUGCUGCUUCACCCGGAAAAAGGCAUACUGGCGGCGGAUGAGAGCCCGGUGACGUUUGGAAAGCGGCUGCUGUCGUACGGUCUGCCCAACAACGCCAGUGUACGGCGGCAGUGGCGUCGUACCCUGCUCACAACCCCUGGACUCCAGCAAUACAUAUCCGGAGUGAUCCUGCAUCCGGAAACACUUUCCCAGCUAGCUCCGGAGCUCAGGGCGGUAGCAGCUGCUGCCGUCGCUGCUUCCCCUGCGGGACCGAGUGAGGGCACUGGUGGGCCCGAUGUCCGCGCUGAUAGUGGCGGUGGUAAUGAUACGGAUGGCAACAGCGGUUGCGGCGGGCAGCAGCAAACGCAGCAGCGGCAGUUUCUGCUGGGAGUGAAGCUGGAUGAGGGGACGGCGCCUCUGCAGCCCCAGCAGCAACAGGGAAGGGCAGCGGCAGCAGGAGCGGCAGCAGCGGGGCCGCGCGGCAGGGGAGCAGGUGGAGGUACAGGAGCAGCAGCGGGAGGCAGCAGCAGGGGCAGCGGCAGCAGUAGCAGCACCAGGGGGCCAGCGGGUGGCGCGGGUGGGGGUGGGAGCGGGGGCGCGGGAGCGGAGGAGACGUACACACAGGGUUUGGAGGGCCUAGCGACUCGGUGUCGACGCAUCCGGGACGCCCUCACCACCGCUCCACCAAUGCCAGCAGCAGCAGCGUCACCCGGCACACCACCGCAACCAUCGCCGGCUAGCCCUCUUAGUGCAGGCACCUCCCCGCCUCCUGGCUCCCCCUCCCCCUCCGCCGCCGCCGCCGCCGCCUCGUCUUCUUCGUCACUGGUGUCGUUCGCCAAGUGGCGAGCGGUAUUCCGAGUGGGCCGCCACACGCCCAGCUCGGCGGCGCUGCGACGUAACGCCCACGACAUGGCGGCCUUCGCGGCGGUGACCCAAAAGUGCGGUUUGCUGCCGGUGUUGGAGCCGGAGGUGCUGUCUGAAGGGGACCAUGACCUGCAACGAGCCAUGGGGGCAACAGCAAGGGUGUUGAAGGGUCUGUUCCGCGCACUCCGGCGGCGGGGCGAUGUGGAUGUGGGGGCGCUGCUGCUCAAGGUGGCCUUUGUAACACCCGGGGAGCAGCAUGGGGGCCAUCUGGGUGUGACACCCGAGCAGGUGGCCAACGCCACGCUGCGGGUGCUCUUCAAGACCGUCCCACGGGUCGUUCCCGGCAUCCUCUUCCUCUCCGGCGGUCAGGGCGAGGCAGCUGCCACUGCCCACCUGCUUGCACUCGGCCGACUGGUGCGGGAGCGGGAGCUAGCCGGCAGGCCACCCAUGUGAGUUCCUUGACUGCCCUGCGGCCCCGAAACCCCUCCUCAUCCCACCGAAACGACUCUUCCUCAACGCGCAUUCCUUCCAACCCCGAUCCUCUCCAUCCACACACCCACACCACCCCCGCACAGCCCCUGGGCGCUCUCCUUCUCCUUCGGCCGGGCGCUCCAAGACUCCGCCCUGGCAGCCUGGGCGCAGCAGCUGCAGGCGCCACCUCAACCUCCGCCUCCCUCACAGCCGCCGCCCCAGCUGGAGUCCCCCCGUGCUGAGGCUCAGGCUCACCAGGCACCUCACGGUUACGCCAGCCAGCAGG